AUGCUCAAGCAGAACGGCGAGAUCGAGCCUCUGAACGACGAGAACAUAGUCCUCAAGACACCAGACCAUGUGAGCCUGGAGCUGCGUGUUCCACAGGGUCUGCGGACAGACAACCCCGAUUUCUCGAUCAAGUGCGAUGACGGCGUUGCCUAUAUCACAAACAAGAGGCUGGUCUCAAGCUACCUCUUCGGUCGAUAUCCUGACUUUUUUCAGAUUAUUUACCUCGCCGCGCGGCCGACGGCAACAUUUCAUUCUUUCUCAGCCUUCAUACUUGACACAUAUGACCCGCAGCCACGCGGGGGUGGCUGGCUGGGCUUUGGAGCCUGGAGGUGGAAGGCAGAGGCGAAACCCAGGCCGGGUGGAGGGAUCCCAGGCGGCAUUCCCAGGAUCGAACUUACCCUGAUCUUCAACCAUGGUGGUAUUGAUGCAUACCACAGCAAGUACUCUCUGAUGUAUGAGCGACUCAACCAUGCUCGGGACGUCGGUAGGGAGACGGGAGCGCGUAUCACUGUCCAUGACGAUGAUUUGCCUCCCUAUACGCCAGCGGGAGCUGGGGCUGCGCCGGCUCAGUCGCCAUCGGAGCCGCCAUCAACAGAGGCGCCUGCGCAGGCCCAGAGGCAGCAGUCGCAGCCAACGCCGGCCGAGCCACCUCCUGGGUACGAUGAGGCGCAGGCUCAAGCUGUGGAACAACAGUUCGAUGAACGGGACAGGCAGGACGCCGAGAGGGCUCAGUGAUGCAGAGCCUUGUCCCCCCCCCCCCCCAAACACCCCACAUCUCUUGUCUCUACCUGCAAGAAGUCGGUCAUUUGGCAAGACUCGGAGAAGGCGCCUUCUAGGGGCGAAUCGCAUCUCUUUUCGGAAUCAUAACUGAUGUGGAGGGUAUCCAAUCGGCCAUAGCCCCGUCCCUCGUGAAUAUGUCAUCUGGGAACGAACGUAUGCAUGCACACACGCCACAGGUCUGGCAUGUCGCACCUCGGUUGUACGGCUGUAGGUUAGGGUGGGGCUCCACAGAGACUCGCUCCCUGCAGAAGCACUUGAGCACUAAGUACAUUUCUCCUCUGCGCAGACGACAGUAUGCGCUGAAUGGGAGAGAGCUGGAGAUCUCCAACGGCAUAGCCGGCAUGAACAUGCUUUCUCACGCUCGGAAAAAAAAACAAUGAAUCAAUGUAACGUGUUUCAGGUUUGUCAAGAAACAACUUCCAAUUCAUUCACUACCGCC